AUGGAUUCUAGGCUCCAGAUUGGACCCGGGAUCCCGACACCGGACCCGACCGCCCGCGCACCCUGGAACAUCAGCUCCAUCAACCCGCACCGGCUCAUGGAGCUGUCUCCGGUGGCUACAACUGGUCCUGUGGUUCCGGACCACAUAUUUCCGACGGUAGACGUCCCGGACCACGCUCACUACACCAUCGGCGUCGUCAUCCUGGCCGUGGGAAUCACAGGCAUGCUGGGAAACUUCCUGGUCAUAUAUGCUUUCUGCAGGAGCCGCAGCCUCCGGACGCCGUCCAACAUUUUUAUUAUUAAUCUGGCAUUCACGGACUUCUUCAUGUGUCUCACCCAGACGCCCAUCUUCUUCAUCACCAGCAUGCACAAGCAGUGGAUCUUUGGGAAGAAAGGUUGCGAGCUGUACGCCUUCUGCGGAGCGCUGUUCGGUAUCUGCAGCAUGAUGACACUGAUGGUGAUUGCAGUGGACCGCUACGUGGUGAUCACCAGGCCUCUCGCCUCCCUCGGGGUGAUGUCUCACAAGAAAGCUCUCAGCAUCGUGGCCGUGGCCUGGGUCUACUCCAUGGGCUGGAGCCUGCCUCCCUUCUUUGGCUGGAGUGCCUACGUCCCGGAGGGCCUGAUGACGUCUUGUUCCUGGGACUACAUGACGUUCACCCCUUCCGUCCGCUCCUACACUAUGCUGCUUUUCACCUUCGUCUUCUUCAUCCCUCUCUCCAUCAUCAUCGUCUGCUACUGCUGCAUCUUCAGAGCCAUACGACACACAACACGAGCGAUAACAAAGAUCAACUGUGAGGGGAACAACAGAGACUCAGCAAAGAGGUUCCAUAAAAUGAAGAGUGAAUGGAAGAUGGCCAAAAUCGCACUCAUCGUCAUCCUGCUGUUUGUCAUCUCCUGGGCCCCUUACUCCUGUGCAGCCCUCACUGCGUUUGCUGGGUACGCUGACUUGUUGACUCCUUACAUGAACUCUGUUCCUGCUGUGAUCGCCAAAGCGUCUGCCAUCCACAACCCCAUCAUCUACGCCAUCACACAUCCCAAAUACAGGUCAGCGAUCAGCAAGUACAUUCCCUACCUCGGGGUGCUGCUGUGCAUCACCGGCAGAGACCGCUUCAGCAGCAGCAGCUUCCAGUCGACCCGCCGAUCGACCCUCACCAGCCAGUCGGAGUGCAAAGGCCACAGCAAGCCCCGCAACUCCUCGCAGUCCGAGAGCGAAUCAGCCCACUUCUCGGACACGGAGGAGGACUGCUCGUCCCAAACGCCCGUCAGCCGUCAGGUGUCCGGCGACGCCAAACAGGUGCGCCACAGCAGCCAGAGGUCAAAGGUCAGAGGUCACGUCGCGGGAGAGUUCGAGCGAGCCGCCGCCCACAACUCCACCGACCCGGCCGUGUGCCACCUUUCUCAUAUCACUACUCUGACAGAGCCUGAAGACAUCUCCAUGUCGGACAUCAGCCGGCAGCCAACCAGCCACCUGCCCGCCGCUGUGGACAACAGCACGACCAGGGAGUCGGCGCCGAGGAACAAGAGCGCGUCGUCCGUCAUCGUCACCUCCAUAUCCAGUCCCUCCAUACUGCAUAGUCCCCCCGGUUUCCAUGGCAACCUCAAAAUGACCAAAACCUGCAGCUCGGUCACCAAGGAGCCGCUGGACAUCGCCCGGCUGGAGACGACGGUGCUGCCGUGAGCAGAGGCGGAGCGUCGA